UUCGCCCGGAAGCAAGGGCUAUCGCCUAAGGUAUUUGUCAAUGGAGAAUAUUGAAACUGUUGCUCAAGGCAGCUCUGUCGAAAUUGAUUGUAAAGAUAACAAUACUGUUCAAUCCGUGGAAGUUAUACUUUUCGAUGGUCAAACAACAUAUGAAAUAGAAAACUCACUAAAAAAUCAAAGUACAUCAACAAGUACAUUACCAUCAAUAGAAACACCUUCUAUCAAGAAUGUUUCUCAGAAUACAUAUGAAAGAAAACAUAAAUUUGCGGAAACAAAUGAAGAAGUCACAAACAAAAGUGAAAAAGAAAAGAAAAAAAGAGACUAUUCUUCUACUUCUUCAUCAAGUUCUAGUUCUGAUGGCGAUUCAGAGACAAGUUCAGAAGAAAAAGCUGAGUUAUAUUUGAAAACAGAGACUCGCAAAUCAAUAGAAUCAACCAAAACCGAAGUCAACAAAAUUGAAGAAAAUAAAGUUGAUGAUACAACUGAUGAUAGCGACAUUGAAGAUGACUUGAUAUCGGCAAUUAAUUACAAUACUAUUACAUCUUUAGCAGCAUUGAAAGACAUGUUACAAUCAUCUGGCGAAGAAUCGGAAGGAGUUGACUGCUUUUUUCAUCAUUAUUUUUUAUCUCAUGUUAAUCGUUUACCGUCAAGAAAUCAAACACAUAGUCCAUAUCCUUGGGGUAGACGUUUAUCAGAGUGUCGCGAAGAAGAUGAAUAUGAAACUGACGAAGGAAAAAGUAAUGGAAAUAAUAGCGGUGCAACAGUAAGCAGUAAAAAAUUAAUAAUUCAAGACUCUGAUGAAAAAAAUGAACAGCUUCAAUCUAAAUUUUCGUCUUGUGAAGUUCCAAGUUCUUCGUCAUCUGCUAAAUCAAGCUCCGAAAAAUUAGAUCAGAAAUCAAAUCCAACUUCCAUCACAUCAGAAGCAGCACCGGCACCUCAUGUAUCUUCAUCAAAAAUGACGAGUCAUCCAAUUAUUUCUCCUACCUCGACUAAACCCUCUUUACGACGAAGAAAUACCACUGGCCCUGGUAUGGUUUUUCCCGCAACUGAUCCACCCACUUAUUCAAGUAGCAUGACCUUUUCAAAAACCAGUCCAUUACAGAGUCCGCAUUUUGACAAGAGGUUUUUUGAUUCAAGCUUAGUUGAAAUGAAAAGUCAAGCUAGUAGCUCAAGUACAUUAGAUUACGAUUCAGCUGAUGAAAUUUGGGUGCGAAGGAUAGAUUUUAUACAAGAACGAAAAAAUAGAGAACUUGGAUCUCAACCAUUACCAACAAUAGUCACCGAUGAUACUGAUAUAAUUGUACAUUCGCUCCAUGAUCACACUCAUCGCCCAAGAGCAGGUACAUGGGGAUCACAUACACGGACAGUACAAAAAUCACCUUUAAUCAGUAGUGCCCCAGUUUCUGGUAAAUCAACUCCACAGCCACAACAGCAAUCAGAAGUUUUAAAAAAGUUCUCUAGUAUUCGAUCUAAUCCAACUAGUCAGAAUAAUAGUCGCAGUAGUAGCAUUGAACGUAGAAAAAGUUAUACAACUUCAGAUGACACAAUCAGUCCAUCUAGAAAAAAUGCAAUCUUAGAAGUUUUCCGCCCUAGAAGUAAAUCAGAUGCCAGUAGAACAAAAAAACCAAGUAUUAUAACUAAUAUGAAAAAUGUUAUGCAGCAAUCUUUAUACAGAAACUCACAUGGAAGUUCCGUUCUUGAAAAUACAACAGAAAAAAGUCACAAAGAAAACAAAGAACAAAUUAGACCACGAUCAGGAUCAGAAAGUAGUCGGAAUCCUGUUAGUAAAGUUAUUGAUCUCAUACGACAUCGCAGUCACAACUCUCUGAAUUCAGAAGAUAAAAGAAAAGCGAGAUCGGUAAUUCAACAUCAAAGCCAGAUUACAGCUCAGAGUGCGUUGAGAAGAAACUCAUUGGAUCCGACAGUUAGACGAUCGUCACUUGGUACUCCCAUUGUACCUCACCGAGCAUUAGAUGUAUGCUUAGAUCCAGUUCAUGCAGCUAUACUUUUUAGAGAUGCUCGAGGGCUGCCAGUAGUGGAUCCAUUCUUGGAAAAAGUUUCUCUUUCUGACCUAGAAGAAGAUGAAUCACAAAUAUUCGUCAAGUUUUUCAAAUUUCAUAAGUGCUAUGAUCUUAUACCUACAAGUGCUAAAUUAGUAGUUUUUGAUACUCAUCUACUUGUCAAGAAAGCUUUUUUCGCCCUUGUUUAUAAUGGUGUUCGAGCAGCACCAUUAUGGGAUAGUGCACAACAGCAGUUUGUAGGUAUGUUAACUAUAACAGAUUUUAUAAAAAUCCUACAAAUGUAUUACACAAGCCCAUCAGUGACUAUGGAAGAACUAGAGGAACAUGAACUUGAUACGUGGAGAAAGGUUUUGAGAGAGCAAGUUCAUCCUUUAAUUAGUAUCGGACCUGAUGCAUCUUUAUUUGAAGCCAUCCAAACUCUCAUAAGGAACAGAAUUCAUCGAUUACCUGUGAUAGACUCCGAUACUGGAAAUGUACUCUACAUAUUAACUCAUAAAAGGAUAUUACGAUUUCUUUUUCUAUAUAUACACGAAUUGCCUAAGCCGUCCUUUACCAGCAAGACUUUGAGUGAAUUAAGAAUAGGUACAUUUGAAAAUAUUGAAACAGCUACUGAAGAAACAAGUAUAAUAAUAGCUUUAAAGAAAUUUGUCGAAAGACGGGUAUCAGCAUUACCAAUAAUUGAUAAUGAUGGAAAACUAGUCAACAUCUAUUCAAAAUUUGAUGUUAUUAAUUUGGCAGCUGAGAAAACUUAUAAUAAUUUAGAUGUAUCACUUCGAGAAGCUAACGAACACAGGAAUGAAUGGUUUGAAGGAGUUCAAAGUUGUAAAUUAGAGGAAACUCUUUUCACCAUAAUGGAAAAAAUAGUGAGAGCAGAAGUUCAUCGGUUGGUUGUCAUAGAUCAAGAGGACAAGGUUAUAGGGAUUAUAUCAUUAUCAGACCUAUUGUACUACUUGGUUCUUCGUCCUUCUGAACACGACCAUUUACUAAAUAAUAGCUCUGGAUCAUUCAGAAAAUAUGUGUCUGAACAAUGUGAUGUCAAUAAAUAAGAAGCAGUAAUAAAAUCUACAGACAACGUCGCGAUUUCAUCAUUUAGAUCACUAACUUGAAGUAAAGUAGUGCGACAUGGAAAUUUAAUUUCAUUCAAUAAAGUCUAACAAAAAUAACUAUAUAAA